AUGCCUAAAACCAGUGAGACAGCGUACCUGCUUCUAAUGGCACUGUGCGCACUCAGCGCCCAGAGUCUCACCCUCAAAGCGGUAUUCGAUAGCGCAUUGCUGGGCGACGUCGCCUCCCAUGACGCCAAAAUCUAUUUCAAUGAGGCUGUAUCCAAUAUUCCAGCACGCACUCCAGAUGCACCUGCCCUUGACUACCUAAGGUCUUUCGGCCUCUUGGCUGUGUACUCGCUCAGGAGCGGUAAUAAGAGUGACCUUCACAGAUACCUCGGAUUAUGCCAUGCAUGGAUUGCUCAGCACGGGUUCAAUAUGGAAAAUAACUGGGACAGCUCGAUCUCUUUACUAGAGGUAGAUGAUCGAAGGCGUCUAUUCUGGUGUGUCUAUCGUCUUGAGAUCCAUUCAGCUUGUGUUCUUGGGCACAUAAUCCGUCUUCCUGAGGCCCAGGUCUCGGUGCUUUACCCUCGUAUCACACCUGCUAUGAGUCGCGAGACGCAGGCCUGGACAGCUGGAUGGGAUUAUAUCACUGAUCUUUUCCGGCUGAUGGAGUAUGCAAUACUUAAUCUUCGCCAACGAAAGCCCCGCAGCGAUGUCGUUGUUGUUUUAUGUGACCGAUCAUCCCCAAGGGCAUUGCUCGAUAGCCUAGAUCAACUCAAAGCCAGCAAACCUUUUAUACUUCGCGUCCUCUCGCAAUCACAUGAAGACCUUCAAAGCAACCGCUGCAAGUUUAUGGCAGUCCAAAUAACCUGCACUGAGGCACUGGUAAAUAUCAUGGGUCUGCUUCAUUGCCAGGCCCCAGUUGAUGAGGUGAUCAAAGUAGCAGAAGAGUUUCUGAAUGAGCUCACCGAAGCCUCUCUUAUCAUGUUCAAAGUCGCAAGCAGUCAGAUUGUUCACCAGCUGCUGGGUGUUGGCCAUAUGGUAUAUAAUGCAUUUCUGUACGACGAGAAUCAAUCUCAACUCGCUGUAGGGCGGCUAGUUACGUAUCUGGAGGAUAUUGUCAGGAAUUUGGAACAAGAUAUUCCCACGGCGACCGAGGCAAGAGAGCAACUGCGAAAGCUGUCAAAAUGUAUUAUAUAA